UAGUCACCUAGAGCAUUCAAAUAUUUAGUGCGAGACAUCGUGAAGCAGGUAAAUAGAUAUCCAAUCGGCCAAUUAUGUGAAAACACAUGUAAAUACUCUUAGCGGUUAGUAACAUAAAGUGUUUGGUGGAAUUUGAUGGAACUGGAAAAAUAGAGCGUCACAAAAAUUGUGGUUCCGUGAAUGAAGCAAAAUGAAGUUCUAAAUAAUAUCGAAAGAAGUGCGCUCAAUCUACAACAUUGUUAACCUUAUUGUUAUGAUCUAAUGCGAUCGAGCACACAGCCAACGAGACCAGACCCGUGAUAAGUGGAUACGCUGUAGUUUGAAGUUACGUUGUAACUGCGCGCAUUUCAGUAACAACUGGCAUGACUUGGACAGAUGGAAAAUAAAAUCCUUUUCAUCAACUGGGGUUCUUCUCCACCCUGUUUACUCAUAAAUAACUGUUACAGCUAAUGAGAAUAACUUUGUUUAAAUCUAGUGAUGUACUGGAGACCGUGUUAACGUUUUGACUACAAAGCUGCUAUAAAUGAUAGGUUUCGAAAUUUUCGCCUUAAGUCAGUCGUAGAAAUAACUUUCGAUCAUUCAUUAUUGAUGAUUUCUGUGGAGCCUGAAUCUAAAUCUUUUCGUGGACAAACUAAAAUGGGAAUACUCGUCCAUUUUAGUUUGUAUUUACGCAUGGAGCUAGAACACGAUGGAUAGACCUCGACGCUAGCGGCUAAAAGUUCCAGCGCUUCAACCGAGGAAAUGAAGGGCGUAUGUCAGGCUUUGCUGAAUUUUGUUUGCCUUUAUAUCUCAAGUUUUACGUCCAAUAGCGUCGUUCGGCAUUGCAUAUGGCUGCCAGGACAAAACGAAAUUACCUCAUGCUUAGGUUUGACCCUAAACCUAGGCAUUUGAAUCAUUUCAUUGAAUUGGAAGUUUAGAGUGAGUCGAAAUAUAUGCCGACUUCACGGUGAGGAAGCUACGGGCAACGAGUCUAUCUAAUUAAAGGUAUUUCACCUGUUUUUCAAGUAUCAGUCUCAGACAUUGAAUCCAAUCCAUAUGAGCGUGUACAGCUGUUAUAGGUUUUCGUGAGUCGAUGGCAGGGCAAUGGCGUCAGAGACAGCUAUGCGUUUUGGUGCUGCUGUCCGCAGGGAUCUAUGUGUUUUUGUUAAAUCAAUUCACAGAUUCAAUCCGAAUGUGGACAACCAGAAACGCGGCUACGACCAUCCUUGUAUUAACACCAACUUAUCCGCGACCGACCCAGAUAGCCGAUAUGACCCGCUUAUGCAAUACACUGAUGCAUAUCCCAUCACUCUUUUGGGUUGUUGUCGAAGACGCCUAUAAUAAAACUGAAAAUAUAGCAGAACUACUUGAGUUUUGUAGUGUCCCCUUCGUUCAUCUUGCCAAGAGGACCCCCAGAAAUUUAACCGGACCAUAUAAAGGACGCGGCGUAACUAAUCGCAACGAGGGAUUACGAUGGAUUCGUGAAAACGUCCAUACCAUUGUCAGCGACAAUCGUUCCGCUGUUGUAUAUUUUGCCGACGAUGACAACGCGUACGAUAUUCGACUUUUCGAAGAGAUCCGGAAGACAGAUCCGAAUCGGGUGUCGAUGUUUCCCGUUGGUACAAUUGCGGGCACGGGAGUCUCCUCGCCAAUCAUCGAUCAGGACGGCAGCCUUCUAGGCUUUUUCGAUCCAUAUCCAGCAAAGCGCAAAUAUAUGGUGGACAUGGCUGGCUUCGCUGUCGGCCUAGAAAUAUUACUCAGAUCAGGUGCAAAAUUCGUAUACAGGACUGGCGCCCUUGAGGAUUAUUUCCUACGUGAUCUCCAUUUUCAAGAAGAAGAUAUACAGUUUUUGGCUGACCGUUGCACGAGGAUUUUGGCGUGGCACGUUAAGACCAGUGGGGGACCGUUCAUAAAGCUUAUAACAUUGGCUGAUAAACUGAAGCCAUUUGUCAAUAAUACAAAUUUAUUCGAAUUAGUUAGACUAUACUCACCAGUGCCGCGAUAACACUUACGUAGUUCUAUGUUAUACUGUAGAUUAUUCAAAUAGUUGAGCAUGAAUUUCCCAUGUAGUUAAUGUGGUACUAUAUAGUAUAAACAUUUUUUUACAAUUCAUCCAUACGAAACUCAUAACUGACCCGACCCGUGCUUUCCCAACGAAAAUCUGGGGAUGCCGAGUACAGCUGCGUUCUAAAUUAUGUUUAUAUAUUUUCAUACAUAUAUAUAUAUUACAUAUCAUUAUAUUAAACAUACAAUUACAAACGUUAAUAGUAUUAUAGUUUGUAAUUAUGUGUUUGAAGCAAAUAUUUUUGAACUUUUGUUAUAUUUUCUCGUUCAGUGUCACGUUGAAAAUUAUGGUCCGAUUGAAACGGCUUCGGAUUACUGGAUUUAUUCAAUGAGUUUGAUUAGAGCACUUUCUUAAAAUGCAUAUAUUUUUCCUUUAAUGAGUUAUUAUUGUUCUCCGUAAUCUGCAGAGGGUUGUUUUCCGUGACACGACCUUUGGCCCUGUUACGUAUCGGUCGUAACAAAAAGUAAUUCUGAACUUGACAACGCCCCAUAGUACUAAACCUUACUGCUUUUUGACAACCAGAUUUUUAUCGAUCUUGAUUACAACGUUCUUUAAGGUGAAGUUAAGGAACCUAUUACCAUUUUUGCAAGACGAACUUUUAAUGUUUUCAAUUAUCGCUUUAAUUUUCU